AUGAUGGACUUGGUCAACGCCAAGGCCAACACCAUUGCGCAAGAAGGGCGGCCUCCCGUGAUGACGAUGUGGGGCGCAUCAAGGAUCUGGUCAAGACUCAAGAUAGCAGUGCAGUACGCCCUGGCAUCAAAGGAGCAGAAGAAGGAGAGCUAUGAUUCAUCCCUUACUCUCCUCUGUUCCUCUGCGCUCGUUGCUGCCUGGUUCUCUCCCGGGUGCUGCGUGCAUGCAGGUGGGGCGAAUCAAGGACUUGGACAAGAUAGCUGUGAAGUGGGGCGGAUCAAGGACAUGGACAAGAUAGCUGUGAAGUACGCCCUGGCAUCUAAGGAGCAGCGGGUGCAGCUGAGGACGCAGAUGAGCAACACCAUCGACUUUCUUGACGCUAAGAAGGACCCGUGUGUUCCUGUAGACCACUUCACGCCGCUCGCCCCAGCCAAGAUAGACCAGUUCACGGUGCGCAAGCACAUCCUCACGGCCUUCCUUGAGUUUGACGAGGAGGAGGUGGCCAUCUCCUGA